ACGUAGUCUUCUCCUUCCCUUCUGACAUGAGCACGUCUAAUCCUCCCGGAGUUGAAGGACAUCUAGAAGAGGUGUCUCGAGGUGGCAACAGCGCGGAAUGGCUCCCGUACUCUCAAGUCAAGCAGUACACGAACACUUUCAUUUUUCGAGAUCAUGAGGUGGCUCGGUUUUUACGUUCUCAGCUGGUUUUGCUUUCUGCAUCUCUCUGGGAUUAGAUACUUUUAGGACUUAAAAAACGAGGAUUCGGGACUGGGAAGUACAAUGGCUUCGGAGGAAAAGUUGAACCCGGAGAAUCCUCGCUACAGGCUGCCACAAGAGAACUCGAGGUUUGGAAGACCAUUCUCUUUAUUUAGAAGUUUCGAGACCCAUGUCGAUAUCCAGGAAGAGGCUGGCAUCCGAGCUGCGCUUGAACUUGCAGGCGUAUUCUUUUUUGUCAGUGAUAAAGAGGAUAAGGCUUUUCAUAUCGAUAUUUAUCGAGGUGAAAAUUUCACUGGGCUAAUUACCGAGACAGAUGAAAUGCGACCACAGUGGUUUUCUUUCCGUGAAGCUCACAUUCAGACACCGGAACAGCUCCCUCCGAUUCCCUUUCAUCAGAUGUGGGAGACCGACCCAUACUGGAUACCACUUCUUGUCAAUCGUCAACCGUUUGCCGGUCGUGCAGAUUUCAGAACUCAAGGCGGUAAACUGUUACCGAGCAAAUGGUGGUUUGGGACCGUUCUUCCUUAAUUUUCUUGAAGUUACUUCACAAUAUCUACGAUCUCGUUGGGAGACCUCUUUUCAUCAUAAAUUUUACAUUGCCCUAAGUUCCUCAUGUCUGGCAGUUUCGGGCCGCGGACGGUUCAUCACAAAAAUCCGGGGAUUGGGAUAAUGGAUUAUCAUGACGUGCCUGUGAUAUCUUAUCCCAGAAUCAGUAUCAUUUCCCUGCCAGAUGAUGGGAUACCUUAUUUUGGAUUAUACCGGAUUAAAACCACGGGGGUAAACGCUAAUUACGAUGGCUCCUCAUCUGCUGUUAUCACUUAUCUGACGACCUACC